AUGAGAGUUUCUGGGGAGGCCGCCGACAUGAGUUGCGGUGUGCGCGCGGAGGUCAUGAUGAAGCUCGCCGAAAAAGCGCUCAGGGGGAUCGCCCGGGUAGGGCAAUGGCCGACGCUUUUUCUCACGUUCAUUGUGCUGCCGCCGCUCCGAACAUCCUUCUUCAGGCUGAAGCACUCAUCGCGGGGCAAAGCGGCCUCGUUCAACCCGUGCUUUGAAGCUAAGCUGCCACGGGCGUCGCACUCCGCGUCUACGCCGAGUCACGCUCACUUCCCCGAGACCGAAUUCCUCCCAUUCCACCCUCGCGUCCGACUGGCUGUAGCGCGCCGAAGCGCGCACGGCAGGCGUAGGAAGGGCGCGCGCAACUCGAGCCGAUGCCGAGGACACGGGCCCGCGUCCGGCCAAUCCGCAGAGCCGCCAGACACGCCCGACGUGCGUUCGGCGAACUCAUCCUGCAUCGGCGCCGCGCGCCGCGCCCUUCGCCGACUGUGCGGCCCUCGCUGUGCGCGCGACGUCGAGCGGAGCGUUUGUAGAGCAGCGCAGCGCUGUUGCUGUGCUCAAACAGACCCGGCGGCGACGACGACGACGACGAAUCGACGUUCGUUAGAGCUGCUGUAUCAAAGAGGGAGGGUACGGAAUGGCGAGACGCGUCGAGAGCGGAAUGACCGAGCGCGUGCGGGCUCCGCGCGCGAGGCGGGCGGCGAUCGCGCGGAGCGCGUCGACGAGGCUGCCUGCGUCUGCCCGCGUUCUGGUCCGCAGACCGACACCGACACGCUCCUCCCGGGCGGCCAGACCAGCACCCACGUCCAAAAGCAAAAAACAAAACCUCACCCUCGCGCCAAGAUAUUCGGCAACAACCCCAAAGCGAAGUACGACGCACAGCGGGAGGGUGUGUCGUAUGGGCGCCCCACGGCGAGGCCCCGACGCGCAGAGAGCGGCCACGGCACCUCGGACGUCCUUCAUCUGGCGACCCAGGUACGUACUAGCGCCCGCCGUCGCACACCAGUGCCAGUGGCGGUGGCGGUACCGGUGCACGUGGGGGAACCGCGGGCUGGGGCUAGAGUAAGGGCCGAGGGCCGAGGGCGCAGCGGCCGUCGACGCGUCGGCCGUGCGGGAGGUCGAGGGCGGAGCGGGGCGGCAGACUGGCGGCGAGUCGCGCGCGUUGGCCGCCGCUGCCGCCGCGCCUCGUCGAGUCCCUAG